AAACUCUGUCUAGUGAAACCAAACCGUCACAACACGGCUCAGACCCACCUUGCGCUCGUGUGAUAAGUUGAAGAGGUCCUAAGGGAGAACCAAGAUGUCUGGCUUUAUAUCGAUGCUGAGAAAAAAGAAAGAGUUAAUUCCUUUGAUUGGAUUUGUGAGCCUCGCGGCGCUUGGUGCCACCUCUGCCUCCAUUUACUUUCUGCUGACAAAAUCUGAUGUGAUUAUAAACAAGAGCGGCAACCCGGAGCCCUGGGAAAGGCUGGAUCCAUCAAAACCUCAAAAGUUCAUAACCAUUAAUCAGCAAUGGAAGCCUGUGGAGGAGUUGGAGAUGGUGAAAAAGCUGACCAAGUAAAACUCCGACACGUCUGUACGGACACUGCGCUCGCGCACGGCACCCCUCACCAGUCUAGCGGAAUCCUUUCUGCACAGACUAGGCUCAAAGACAAUCAGUGUGCGGAAACGCUUCUGCUAAAUUGGUGGGGGUUUUACAUGCAUAUUGAUCCUUACACUAAGCUGUUGGUGUACGAAACAACGGGAGUAAAAACACGAGUCUACGGUAACUGUCUGAUGAAGUAAACAAAUAUAUAUAUUACGCAGUUCCUAAGAGUUGUUCAUUUGAUACAUGGACUGCACUGAGCUCUACGACUGUGAAGAACCUUCAGUAUGUAAGUAACCUCCUUGUG